GGGGACAUCCAGUGGGAAGGACAUCUAAUGGCGUCAAGUUGGGAAAAGGGGAAGUACAACGGGUUCUGGGGGUCCUUGUACAUCAAUCUAUGAAAGUAAGCAUGCAGAUACUGCAGGCAGUGAAGAAAGCGAAUGGCAUGUUGGCCUUUAUAACAAGAGGAAUCGAAUAUAGGAGCAAAGAGGUAAUUCUGCAGUCAUACAGAGCCCUAGUGAGACCACACCUGGAGUAUUGUGUGCAGUUUUGCACCCCUAAUUUGAGAAAGGACAUUCUUGCUAUUGAGGGAGUAGGUUUACAAGGUUAAUUCCUGGGAUGGCGGGACUGUCAUCUGCUGAGAGAAUGGAGUAGCUGGGCUUAUACACUCUGGAGUUUAGAAGGAUGAGAGGAAAAUAUCAUUGAAACAUAUAAGAUGUAAUAUGGGAAAACCCAAAGACCUUCUGUAAGUAUAGCUACAUAGAAAAUAGGUGCAGGAGUAGGCCAUUCGGCCCUUCGAGCCUGCACCGCCAUUCAAUAUGAUCAUGGCUGAUCAUCCAACUCAGCAUCCCAUACCUGCCUUCUCUCCAUACCCCCUGAUCCCUUUAGCCACAAGGGCCACAUCUAACUCCCUCUUAAAUAUAGCCAAUGAACUGGCCUCAACUACCCUCUGUGGCAGAGAGUUCCAGAGAUUCACCACUCUCUGUGUGAAACAAGUUCUUCUCAUCUCGGUCUUAAAGGAUUUCCCCCUUAUCCUUAAGCUGUGACCCCUUGUCCUGGACUUCCCCAACAUCGGGAACAAUCUUCCUGCAUCUAUCCUGUCCAACCCCUUAAGAAUUUUGUAAGUUUCUAUAAGAUCCCCCCUCAAUCUCCUAAAUUCUAGCGAGUAUAAGCCGAGUCUAUCCAGUCUUUCUUCAUAUGAAAGUCCUGACAUCCCAGGAAUCAGUCUGGUAUAUCAGGAGAAAGUAGAUAGCCAUGGAACGUGAGAGACUAAAGGGAUAAUUUAGUGUGCGGCCGAGUGACAUGGGUGAGGUCCUAAUGAAUUAUUUUUCAUCUGACUUCACUACGGAGAAAGAUGUGCAAGACAGUGAGUUAGGAAGGAGUAAAUGAAUAGUCUGAAGAAGAUCAACAUUAAGAAAGGGAGGGGGGACGGUGGCGGGUUGUUAGAUGUAAUAGAGGGCAUAAGGAUUGGUAAAUACCUAGGGCCAGAUGUGAUCUAUUCAGGGAUGCAAGGAAGGAGAUAACUGGGGACUUGACGUAGAUUUUUGUAUCUUCAUUAACCAUGGGUGAAAGACUGUGUGGUUACCUUAUUUAAUAACAGCAGGAAGAAGUCAGGGAAACUGAUGUCAAUGAUAUGGAAAUUACUGGAGAAAAUUCUCAGGAUGGGAUUUAUGUACGUUUGAAAAGGCAGGGGCUGAUCCCUGGCUGAGCAGGCAACAUGGCUUUGUGCAGGAGAAACCCAUUCUCAUUCAUUUGAAUGAGGUUUUUGAGGACAUAUGUAGGAAGAUUGAUGAAAGCAAGGUUGCAGACGAUGUCUGGAUGUUUGUUAGAAUGCCAUUUGACAAGGACCCACAUGGGAUUCUGAUAAUUGGGUACAAACCAUUCCGCAGUGCUAUCAGAAAGCACUUAUCUAUGUCCCCAAUAACUCUCACCAACUUCUACUGAUGCGCCCUAGAAAGCAUGUUAUUGGGAUGCACCAGAGCAUUGUUUGGGAAUAGCUCCGUACAAGACUGCAAGAAAUUGUAGAUAAUUGUGGAUGCAGCACAGACCAUCACACAAACCAACCUCCCUUCCAUUGACUCCAUUUACACCUCACACUGCCUCGGCAAGGCCACCAGCAUAAUCAAGGACGAGUCUCGGCCUGGUCACUCCUUCUUUUCCCCUCUCCCAUCGGGCAAGAGGUGUAGAAGUGUGCAAACACACACCUCCAAAUUCAGGGACAGUUUCUUUCCAGCUGUUAUCAAGCAACUUAACCAUUCUAUCAACAACUAGAGAGCGGUCCUGAGUUACUAUCUAUCUCAUUGGAGACCUUUGGACUAUAUUUAAUCAGACUUUACUAGACUUUAUCUUGCACUAAACAUUAUUCCCUUUAUCAUGUAUCUGUACACUGGACAGCUUGAUUGUAAACAUGCAUUGUCUUCCGCUGACUGGUCAGCAUGCAACAAAAGCGUUUCACUAUACCUCAGAAUACGUGACAAUAAACAAAACUAAACCAAGUUGAGAGGAUUCUAGAACUCUUCCCCUAUAAAAAACUUUAGGUGCUGAGGGUUGAUUGAAAUUUUUGACUGACUUUAGCUUGAGGAGCAAAUCCCCAUCUUCCAUCUGGGCUGAAUGCAGCUUCCACACUGGUAUUGUAUGCUCCACCUUUCUUGCUGUGUGCAUCAGAAAAUGGCCAUCAUCUCGGCUCAGUUUUACAUUUUCUAUUCGUACAGUCUGCUGGGCAGUUUCACAGCCUCAUCGUUUCCAAAACAUUUUACCAAUAAACGUAAUGUGCCUCACUCCAUCAUGAACCCAUCUGUCUCACCAUAUUAGAGAUAUUCUCUGAUCUCCAUCCCUCCCACAUCUUGGACCAAAUGUAGGCAAAUGAGGCUAACUUAGAUGGGCACCUUAGUCAAAGUUAGGCCAAGGGGCAUGUAUCCUUGCUGUAUGACUCCAUGACUUAUUGGUUGGGUUUAAGAGUCACAAAGACAAAGGAAAUGAAUGAAGUUGAUCUGAAGAUAAAGAUAUGAUCCGACUGAAUGGAGAUGCCGAUUCAAGGGGCUGAAUGUUUUAAGGUUGGACUUCAUUUUGAUGCCUGCACCCCUGAUAGAUUGACUAGAGCCAGAGAGAACAGAUCUGUCUGGGCCAGCUGGUUUUGAAGUGACGUUUGAUUAUUCAGUGUGACACCAGCAUCCAUCAACAACUAUACUGCAAUUGCCAAUCUGGGCUGUUUUUCUGUUAACAUCUGAUAUACUUUUUUUGAGAAAGCUGCUGGGAAAUGAAAAGAAAUUCAAAAGAUGGUGAUUUUCAGCAUUUCGAUAAUGUUAAAAGUUAUUCUAAUUUGAGAAAAUACGUCAACUUCUGAAGCCUGGAGCUGAACUACAGCUGGAAAUCUGUGCGAUUCACAGGCUGAAAUGAAUUUAAGAGGUUUCGCAAAAUUAAAAUGACUUCCAAGGUGCAAGCAGAGAAGGUUCGGAGUUCGGCAGGCAUUGAAGGCUUGCCGUCACUGCAGAGAGGCCAGGCACUGGAUGAUGAAGAGAAGGACUCUCUGUGCUCCAACUUUGUCUCGCGUUUAGAUUCUGGACUGGGCGCUGGGACAACGUGCUCAUCCAUGGAUGGAUAUGAUAAUGUCAACAUGGCUGUAGGUGUGUCAUUAACCAGGAGCUUGAAUGCACCCAGAGAGACUUCAGCCGGGGAAGUCUUUGGAAGACAAGUGGAAUUCGUCAAUGACAAAAGCAGCGAUGAUGCCAUGCCUUCAGAAGAAGGUGCAGCAAGUUAUGAUGAUGAGCCUGGUCUCUGCUCUGAGGAGGAUGUGUUGAACUUCACUUUCAAGGCCUGCGAUACUGAGGGCACAGGGAGAGUUGCAGCUUCGGUGAUCGUUCGAUACCUGCAGGAAAUGACAGGUCAGAGCCAGGAUGGCAGAUUACAGGUGCUGCACAAUAUGCUUGAUCCAGAACGAAAGGACAUUGCUAUUGAUCGAGGAGACUUCCACUUAACGAUGAGAAGUUGGAUCGCAAAUUGCACGCAGGAUGGAUGCUAUCAAAGCGAUUGCACAUGUGCAAAAGGAACUGGUUCCAGUGCUACUCGAGAGGCUAGUGAAUUAAUCAACAACAUUGCAGAUCUAAAAUAUGCAAACAGGAAAUUGCGAGAUCAGAACAACAGCCUCCAAAAAGCCUUGGAAGUGUCGGACGAGACGAACCUGCAGUUGUCGAAGGAACUGACGAAGCUGAAGAAUCAUCUGAUGAGUUCUCAAAGGACGAUACACAGCUUGCAAUCCGUGGUGGAAGAGUUAGAAGAUGCAAAGAGUGCGGGAAGAGAGGCACGGGAGAGAGUUCAUCAGCUGGGGACAGAAUGCAAAGAGCUGAAGAAGGAGAACGAGGCUCUGGUUGCACAGCUGUGGUCAGCAUCUGGAAAGAUUGAAAAGAUGGAGAGGGACAAACGGCAGCUGAAGUAUCGGAUAGAUGAACUGCUAACCCAAAAUGCUGACAUGACUAAGCAGAUCCGUGAGGCCCAAAACUUGUUGAUUUCUAAAGAUGCUUUAAUCUUUGAGGAAAAUAUCUUGAUUGAAGAACUAAAGAUGUCCAAGGCAAAGAGCUGUAAGGUGAUCGAGGGCCUGCGGGCUGAAUUGAAGAAAUCACAAGGAAAGAUUUGCCAAGAUUUGUUCAGCUGUAAACUGGGUGUCUGGAAAUCCUCACCUGGACUUCCCCCGAAUCGUGCUGUCUGGUUUCCAGCCUCCCUGCAGCAGGAAAUACGAGAGAGUCAGAAGGAGGAGGGGUUCGAAACGCUGCCUGACCCUGUUUGUGGGCUGAUGCCGCAACAAGACCAUGGAGACCAUUUCCAGGAGAUCCUCAGUCACAUAAAGGCCAAGAGACAUGGCUUCCUAUUCCGGAGGACAGUCAACGAGAUGGUAGAUCAACUGAAUGUCCAUGCUGCGGCCUUCAUGACUUUGCUUCGAGCGGACUCUGGACAGCAGCUGAAUGUCCAGCAGCUGAGAAAAGAACUGGAACAGACAAUUCAAGCUGUUGUGCAGAAGCUUCACCUCUUGGCACCAAUUAAGGAUUCUUGGGAUGAAUCGAUGGAGGUUCUGGAAGGCGCUUGCAUGCAGUGUCAGCAAGAAUACCUCAACACCAAACACAAACUGGCCGACACGAUCAGGGAGCUGGAACUUGAGAAUGUUCUCAGAAAAGAGGCUGAAGAGCAAGCAGUUGUGGCAGAAGAGAGGGCCGAGGAAGCCAUGCUUGAGGCAGAGGCCAUCAGAACCCGAUCACUUGGAGCCUCGAAGCUGGACGAGGCCUGGGAAGAUGUGGCUGCACUGGGGCGAGAUGCUGAAGUUCCUACCAUGAAAGUGGAUGGAAGAUCACUGACCUCCAACCAGAAUGAAGAAAAGUUGUGUCCUCUGGAGCUACAGGUCUGGCAGCCGGUCAACGAGGCCAAGGCAGAGGCCUUGGAGAAGAUGGCAGCAGCCCUGGAUGCAGCUGAAGCGAGAGUGAAGGCCUGGAAGGUCAAGGCCAGUGAGGCGGAGAGGAUGAUGGUAGAGAUGGAGCAGGCUGUUGCAGCUGCUGGGGUAAAAGCAGACACUGAAGGAGAUAAGGCCUUGCUCUACCUGGUAGAGGCAGAAAAGCUGAAAGGGGAGAUCGAGAGCCUGAUGAUGCAGGCCGAGGAGUCAACCAAAAGGACGUCUGCCAUGGAAGAGCAAAUGGCCGAGCUCAGUCAGAUGCUAUCAGCAGCAGAGCUAGAAGCCUCUUCAGCUCAGCACAGAGCUGUGCUGGCAGAGGAGAGACAAUUGGUUGCCUUGGCCACGAUCCUGGGAGGUGAUAGCCAACGGAAGAUAGCAGCUGAGCAGGCAAUGGGAACCCACCCAUCUGGAUCCAGCCCCAGCCACAGCACCAAGAUGUUUGUUGGAGAGCUCCAAUCUUGUCUAGGCUCUGAGAAGAAUGUUGCUAACGAAGGAGCAGCCCAGCCACCAUGCGAGGCAGCAGAUGAAGCAAACGACAGCAGCGCUAACAGGAAACAGGAACCAGAUGUGCAGCAUUUAUCUCGGGAGACUCUCGGGCAGUUACACCACCACGGCCCGUGUCCCCUCGCUGGACGGUGCAAGGGUCAUGGCAGCUCAGGACACUGCCCUUCUCUGCUCGAUGCCCUUAAUCUAGAACAUUGCUGGAGUUGCCAGCCAUUUGGAAUCCAGAAGCACUUUAGACCAUUGUCGUUGGGUCGACAUCGAGAGGGAGUUGAGAAACCUUCACCAUCAGAGGAGCACCGGACUGAAGCGGGAGAGGCACAGACCGCAGCCAGGAACAUCUUGGGCGGAACCAAGUCCCUGAAGGCAGAUGAUGAGCCAGCACUGAGCCCAGAGGCUGAAGCACAGCUUCCUGCCACCACUUUGCCAGAAGAAGAAGAUUCUGCCCCGAUCUCCUCCUUGCGGCUGCUGCUCAGCAACUUCACUCUACCGGGGCUCGACCCCUCCUGCCGUUCCGCUGGCUCUUCAACUCGCGGUCCUCGCUGUACUGUAGCCCCCAGCAUGCCCACCCUUCCUGAGGAGGAGGAGGAAGGCUCUGAGCACCGGGACACAACGCAGAACUCUAAGCCCAACCUUCCAGGCACUGGAACAAGGAUGAAUACAACGCCAGCAAUCGUUCUACCAGAGGUCUUCAACACUUCGGACAAGGAGAGUGACCAAGCUGCUCACAUAAGAUGCCACAGUCCCGUUCAGAGAAGGUCCAGCAGGAACUCCAGGGCCUCCUUGUCUUCAGCAAGUUCCCUCACCUCUGUCGAUGGAGAUGGCCACAUGUACAACCUGGUCAAUGAUGAGCUGCCGGACAUGGAGCUGUCGGACGAAGAUCGGAAGAAGAACACGGAGCUGCUGGAGGAGGCGAAGCAGCUCAGCGAGAGGUUCCUCAGCCGCCGUUCUCGCCGCUCCAGAUCCAGCGCCUCUGACUCCCCACCAGAGUUGGACGUGCCAGUGGGCCGAACAAUGGUCGUACCGUCGCCCCAGGCUGGGGAGGAACCCCCUCCGUCAGCCGUCAGGGACAAGGACAUGAAGCAUUUGGAAGUCCCUCGAACAAGAGCGCAAGACACUCAACUAAAAUCAGAGAAAGACACCAGAAAACUAUCUCCAGUCAGGAAGACCAUCGAAAGCAGACAAGCACCUCCAGGAACGAUGUGUUCACAGGUCGUUCCUUCAGGAAAGGUCGUGGCUGCCUCAGUUCAACGUAAAGACCUGGAACUCAGUGCAUGUAGGGAGUCCAAGAGUGACCAUGGCUCACAUACCAAAGGGUCAGAGGAUGCUUUGGCCAGCCCUACCAAGCUGAGAGGUCCAGAACGCAAGGCAUUUCCAGCAAGUCCCUGUCAGGCUCUGAUUUCUGACUUCGAAGCACUGAAAGCAGGCACGGAACAAGCCUCCGCUCGUGCCAGGAUGCCCUGCAGAGCUGAAAUCAAAUCGUUGAGCUCGCAGCCUCUUCUGCGCGCCGUUUCCUGGGAAUGCUUGGAGCUGGAUGGGGAGCUGGGUGAAUCGGCAAGCCCUCCUGUCCAGACAGCCCAGAGCUUUGGCUUCGACGAUGUACUUGACGCCAACCAACUUAAAAGCUUUAAUUGCAAGGAACUGCCCGGCCAACCAAAGCUGCAGAAGCUCACCAAACUCCGAGAGGAGAAUAAACUGAUGCGGAACCAAACCCUAGCCGGACAGAGAUUACCCGACCUCAGCGAGAUAAACGAACAGGAUAGAGGUCCGUCUCCCGUCCCAUGCCCAGCGGUGGAUGGCAGCUGUAACAUCACCCCCAGCAUCCCUGACUCACUGCUGCGUAAGCUGAAGGUGCAGAGAUCACUGUCCGCAGGAUUACCCCCUUUGACCGAGAAGGAGAUCGAGAACACAUUCAUUCAGCUGUCCCUGGCCUUUAAGAAUGACAGCUACACUCUGGAGACGAGGCUGGGACUUGCGGAGAGGGAGAGGAACUUGGCUGAGGACAACACAGAGAAGGAGCUGGAAAACUUCAAAUCAGAAUUGAAGUCCUCGUCCUCGCUCUGGGUGCAGUCGGAGCUGCGCAAUGCCCAGGAGAGGUUGCUGGAGACGGUGGGCGUUCUACAGCGCCUGGCUGUCAGACUCUCCGGACGGGCAGAGAUGGUGGGGGCCGUCCGACAGGAGAAGCGGAUGUCCAAGGCAACCGAGGUGAUGAUGCAGUACGUGGAGAACCUGAAGAGGAUGUACGAGAAGGAUCACGCCGAGCUCACCGAGUACAAGAAGCUGGCUAACCAGAACUCCAGCCGGAGCUACAGCCCGUACGGAGACGGCAGCGAUGAUGGAGUUCCCAGGACAGCCCGUUCCAUGUCGCUCACUCUCGGGAAGACUGUGCCGCGCCGGAGAGUGAGUGUGGCAGUGCUACCGAAGUUUAUCAACUUUCCAGGACACCCACCCAGCAGCUCCACGAUGCCCACCGUGGCUUUGAUGGAGUCACAGAGUAGCACUGAAACCAACAGCUCGAACUCCAGCAGUAACGCCAGCAGCUCGGACUCCAUCACCACCAUCCCCAGCACCAUUCCCAGCAGCUCCAGCAGGAUUGGCCUGCACUCCAGCCCCAUGCUGAGUCCCCUCGUAGAGACGAAGCAGAACGGUGAUAAAGAGGUGGAGCGGCCGGUUACGGGAGAUGUCCAGCCUCUCGCUGCGGAAGUAACCAGCACGGUGACCAAAGCCAAGAUUGAGGAGGAUGCGUUUAACAAAGGUUACCAAGAAGGUUUGAAAGCCCAACUCAGCCAGGAGCGGAAGGAGUCUCGGCAGGAGCCAGGGAAGGAGGAGGGGUGGAGCGAGGAGGCACCCACACCGUCCAGCUUCACCGAAGGAAGGAAGAGCAGUAAGUUUGAAGAGGUUUCAGCGCUAAUGGUCAAGCUGUGCCCGAGGCCGUUGAAGCAUCGCGGUGUGAUCUGGUUCGUGGCCAUGAUGGUUCUCCUCUUUGCCGUCCUCGUCAACAUCUUCAGCUCUCAGCGUAGUCCGUGCGAGGACACUCCCAGCACGCCCGGUGUGAAAGGCUCCUGUCCCUCGGCCCACGGCUCCCCCUGGCCUUUCUCACGACUGUGGCGCAAGAACCGGGCGCAGGCAUGACGGACGGAGAGGCCACUGCGGCCGGCACCUCGAGCCCAAGUCAUUCCACAGGUCAGGGGGAGCAGCAGCAAUGUGGACAGCAAGGACUGUGCCACAGGUGGACACUGUUGACACCUACUGUCGAACAAACCUGUGUCUGCUGCCUGGCAACUACAGUGCACCGUGACAUUGCACUCUGAGAUAUUCCAACCACUUCACGGAUCCAUUUCACAGGCAUUUAAUGGGUUUAUCGUUUGUUAUGUGUUUGAGUCUCAGUAAAAACUCAGACCUCC